CACACUUCUCAAAUUCUACCAAAACAGAGGAGCUAUAAAUUUAAUUCCUAACUCUUCCUUUAGCACCAAACUAUAUUUCCCUUCAUUUUCAUUCACCUUCUUCAUUACAUUACAUUAUUAUCAUACUACAAAAUGAUCAUAACAUUACGCCUUAUUUUACUAGCCAUAUUUGUUUCACUCUCAACAAAUACUAGCCAUGUUGUAGAUGCAAAAAGAAACUGCGGCAAUAAUGUUAAGGAAGCUUGCAGUGUCACAAGGUACAAAAAUCUUUGCAUCCACACACUAUCACAAUUCUCCAACACAGCAGGAAGAACCCCAAGCAAAUGGGCACGCGCGGGAGUGUCGGUAACAAUAGGCGAAGUUAAGAAUGUUCAAGCAUAUCUUACAAAAUUAAAGAGGAAUGGAAAUUUGAAAGGAAGAAACAAAGUUGCGCUUUCGGAUUGUAUUGAAACUUUUUGCUAUGCACUUGAUGAUCUUCACAAAUCACUCGGUGUGCUUAGGAAGCUAAGCAAACGCACGUUUAACACACAAAUGGGGGAUCUUAAUACAUGGAUUAGCGCGGCACUUACCGAUGAAGAUACUUGUCUUGAUGGAUUUGAAGGAAAAAGUGGAAAGCAAAUUAAAUUGCUGCAAAAUAAGGUUCAUAAUGUUUCUUACCUAACAAGCAACGCUCUUGCUCUUGUCAACAAACUUGCUUCUACGGGUCUCGGAACCAUCACUGAUCCAUAGAACUUUCUUCUUUCGGUUUUCUAUAAGUUGCUUCUACUAGAAGUAAUCGUAAUCAAGGUAUAGUAGUAGACUAUAAAUGUGAGUUGUGGAAGACUAGCCCCAUAUAUAUUCUCUAAAUUAAGUUACAUAUUAAGCAGUGAUAUAAAGAAGUUUGUAGAUGCUAAAUUAUAUUUUGUGGUUUUACUUAUAUGUGCGCGCGUGCAUGUGCGCCUAGCCACCUAAGUAUAAUCGUCCAAAGAUUGUAAUCGCGAGCAUAAAUUAAUAAACAUAGUCUAGCAUAUGUUUGAAUAUUAAUUUUUGUUCAAUUAGUGUUGUUGAUUGUUGCUUGCUCUCUGUACAUAUGAUGA